AAAUGUUCAACAUGCGCUCAGUCAUCCUGCUGCUGGCCUGUGCCUUGUUCUGCCUGCUGCUAAGUGAAACGGAGGCGGCGCCACGCCCACAGGAGGAACCCACUGCCGACUUGGAGGCAGGCGUUGAGGCUGAAGAGAAGGAUCUACAAGGAGCUGCUUCCAUUGGCUAUGGAUACUACUCGUCACCCUACCUAGGAGGCUAUUAUGGCGGUGGUUAUGGUGGUUACUGGCCCCACUACAGUGGCAGUUACUAUGGUCUCGGUGAGUUGGGCUAUCCCUACUAUGGUGGCUACUAUGGACACCAUCAUCAUCAUGGACACUACGGACACUACUUCUAAUGUGGCAAUUGCCAGCUCACAUCACUUCUAACUUAAUAGUUCUUGGCAGGCAGCGUUCUUGACCAAAGUCUAUGCAACGUGACGCUAUCGUAGCUCGCACUCUAGCUUCAAUUUAAUUGCGCAAGGAUAAUUGCUUUAAUUAAGCAACAAAAUCACAAAAAAAAAAAAUUGAAAACAAAAAACAUUUCUAUCAUAAUUUAUAGUGCUAAGCAUUUCAAUUUGACGACUUCAGAAAAUAUCCAACUGUUCACCUUAGUACGUCAUUAAGGCUAAUGAAAUGCUCUAUAGAAGCUGCCCCGAAUCACCCAUACACUUAAACGUAUUAUAUAAUUAGUGUUAGUCGUCAUAGAAGCUUAGUGAACCGUUGAAAUAUACUGCCGAAAUAAACGAUAUGCAAAACAAUAAAGAAAAAUGUAAAAAUAAAUCAAAGAACAUUUGAAAUUCAAAUAAGUUUGGAAAAUAUUUGCUUUAACUCAACUUGCGUUAAUUAACUGACUAUUAAACAAAUUGAAUGCAUAAAUUAGUAUA